AUGGAAACCAGAAGAGACCCGAGAUCCUUUCUCUUCUUCAUAAUCCUCUUGCUGCUCAUCAACUCGCCCGAACCGCAACAGCCGACAUUCAAUGCGCGCACACGCUACCGAGAGCUCAUCGAGCGCGAAUACUACCAGCUAGAUCUCUUGAAUCGGACGCGAUACGGCGACUUCAGCGAGAAAAAGGACAAGUGGCUGAAUAUCACUGGGCUGAGGGAUGAAGAUGGCUUUGCAUGGGAGCUACUGGACCCUGUGAGGCAGAAAGCAAAGGCGCAGUCAGAGCGCCUUCUGGGAGAUGGGUGGAAGGGUAUGCUUGAUGGCUCACUGCAAGAGGGAGAGGCUGCUAUGCCGGUAUACAAGAAUCUAUCUGGUUACGUACAAGGAGAAUGGACGCGCUCGCCGCUGAGUCGCAUACGGCACCCCGGCGAUAUGGGCAAUGCCUCGGCCAUCCCCGAUCCCUUUGGAAAUCUGGUAGAAUAUGACAGAAACCUAACCGGUGCAGGCGGGCCGCUGCGAAUGCACAUUUCAGAGCUGGAAGAUAGGAUGCGGAGAAAUGAGAACAAGACCAUAUCCGAGAUUAGCGCGAAAGUGAUUAUUGGAGACAAAGACAGCUUUGGAGGGAAUUGGUGGGAAUUUGUGGCACAUGGUGUCCAUUUCAUGAAAAGCGGGACUGCGGUUCUGACUACUACGAGCGAUCGGUUCGCGGGCAUCUUCGCUUUGCCUCACCUGCAGGUCACACCCUAUUUCUACUCAACAUCGCAAGAGUUCCUGAACUGGACCAUACAUGAGACUAUUGAACGGCAAGAGAAGAGAGCUUUCCCGCUCUGGAAUCCCUGGACAUCUGCUGCAGAAGGCAACAAUGAGGGCAUGUUCCAGGGACACCAUUGCGAAUUCGUCUUGUAUCUUCAAGAGUUCCCAAGUCAAUCUAACGUCGACAUGGACUGGCUCGAGCACGAGCUCCGGUUUCCUACUGGAGCUCCUGUCCCUCACGAUGUUCCACAUGCCAUGUCCAUGGUGGGCUUCUCGCCGGAUUGCGGUUUCGUUAUUGAGUCAAAGGGCCCUCCAGACUUUCCGCCAUCGGAGGCUAUGCAUCUGGUCGGUUCUAAGACAGAAGACUUCAAUGUUCGCGCUAGACACGGUAUCCUAGCUUUCGCCAUCAGUCUUGCGUUCCAGCUUUCCUUCACUCUCAAGCAGAUGAAGGAGACAGCAACGCCAUCAAUGCGGAGUCGAGUCAGCUUCUACACCAUUGCUAUGAUGGCUCUGGGCGACGGCUUCACAUUUUUGAUUCUCAUCUUCAUGUAUUUCUUCCUCGGUACAGCACAGUUGGCGCUGUACAGUAUCGCAUUCAUAGCGCUAUUUUCUGUACUGACCCACCUCCGCUUCCUUAUGGACAUCUGGUCCGUACAAGCAGCGGAGAGAGCGCGUCAGGAGCGGCAACGAACUCCAACAGCUACCACAACGACGCCGGCUCCAGCUCCCGAGGCUGCUACUUCGGCACCAUCUGCCGAUGCCGGUCUGCCCUUGCCAGCAACCGCCGCUCGACCACCACGUCCACCUACUCCCAUCAUCAUUGCACCAGAUCAAGACGAUCCGGAUGAAGAUGUCACACCAGGUCCGAACAAUGCGCCCACGCCAACCAAUGCCACGACAACGAACGCAAAUCCGCGAGCUGAGCUUGGUGCACUGUAUAGCCGCUUCUGCCUUAUGCUUAUAGUCCUGUUCUUUGUGACUAUCCACUUCGGUACUGCUCGCACGACAUAUCGUGCUGUCUAUUUCGACGUCAUGACGUUUCUCUACCUGUCUUUCUGGAUACCGCAGAUCUAUCGUAAUAUCAUGCGCAACUGUCGGCGAGCAUUACGCUGGGAUUAUGUUGCUGGAACAAGCAUAGCCCGCAUCGCGCCUGUAGCAUACUUUUACAUGAAAGAAGACAAUGUCUUGUUUUCAAGAACGGACUGGAAAGCCAUGGGCUUCUUGGCAGGCUGGGUAUGGAUGCAAGUGGUGGUGUUGGUGAGCCAGGAGGUUCUCGGCUCACGAUUCUUUGUCAGAGACGGAUGGGCGCCGCCAGCAUACGACUACCACCCCAUUCUACGCGAAGACGAAGAAGGCGCAACCAUGCCGCUCAACAUCACGACUUCGUCGGAAUCACCAUCUACAAUUGAUGCUUCGGCGGCAGAGGGUGAAACCACUAAAGCAUCAGGCGAGUCCAAAUCCAAAGGCAAGAAGGUUUUCGACUGCAGUAUCUGUGCCAACGACAUUGAAGUACCAGUCAUACCAGCUGGAGCUGAUGAGAGCAGUGUAGCUGGCAUGGGUGGAACGAGCAUGAUUUUGCAAAGGCGACAGUACAUGGUGACGCCUUGUCGACACAUCUUCCACACUGGAUGUCUCGAAGGGUGGAUGAGGUAUCGAUUGAUGUGUCCAAACUGCAGAGAGAGUUUACCGCCGUUGUAG